GCGGCCGCGUACAAAACACAAAUAAACCUGCUGAUUCCGGUGAAUUAUUUUGCGCUUGAGAUUAAACGCGACUUUUACAUUGCCAAUUGCUGUUGAUUCGUUUAUUGCGGAAAGGUUAUUUAUUUUUUUUACGAGGAACGAUGCAGUUGCCGGUGCUGUUCGUGGGGAUACUGGCCGGCGCGACCCUCCUUGACGCGGCGAGUGUUCCCGGCGGAAGCGGGGAGGAUAGGAUUAGGUGGAUGCUGAGGGAUACGGCGGAAACCACCACGGUGGACACGUCGACGAACAACGAUGCCGACGUGGGAGACGGCUCCGAAUUCCAGUACGACGCCACUACGACCAGUGACAGUGACGAUGAUAAUGCCGGCGAGGUCCGCAUGCUGACGCUCGACUAUAACCCGGCGGAGUUGUACGCCUACAUUGACCAGGUGCUGAUCAGUCCGUGCUACACCCACUCGCAAGCCCCGCUGAACAUCCUGUUGAACCUGUACACCUGUCUGGACCGCGUCACGGGCUUCAACAAGAAAAUCGAUCUUUUCCAAGCCACGCCCGACAACGUCUCCUUCGCCAACCUGCCCCUGGUGCGCCGUCUGGACGUCAGCCAGACCAGCAGCGGCCUGCAGGUCCUGCUGCGCCAGUUCAAGGACAACGCUCCCCAAAUCUGCAUGAACCCCGAGCCGGUGAUGCAGUGCCUGGACGCCUACCUCCAAGCCUGCUUCCCGCCCCCGGCCGCCAGCAACGACACCUCCAGCGAUGACGCGUGGAUGCGCGACGUCGCCGCCUUCGUCGACAUGUUCAACACCAACCGCAGCGACACCGACGCCUCCACGGCCGAACCCGCCACCUCCGAAGCCACCACCCUGGAGCCGGCCACCACGGAGGCCACCACCGAGGAGGCCUCGUCCACCCAUGAGCCGGGUACGAUGGAGCCGACGACCACCGCGGAGUCCGAGGACUCGACGAACAACGACAGCCUGCCGGUGUUGGUGGUGGCGGAGGUGGACGUCACCAUCACCCGCCUGGAUGACGGUCCGGCCAGCGGGUUCUUCGGGGUGCCGUUUUGAAUCAGGCCGACCAGAUCUCGCGGUUGAUUCGGCAGGGUAUGCAGGUGCUGUGCGAGAGCAAUCAGGAUCUCACCGCCGCUGCGCAGCUGCCCGCCGAAGACUUUUUGGAUCAAGUGCCGUGUAUGAUCCGCACCGCCGGCAUCGAGCAGCCCUGCUCCACGGAUAAACUGCAGGACAGCGGCAGUGAUAUGGACAACGGGCAGAACCCCAACGCCUACUGCCG